AUGAUUCAUUCCGAUCAGCCUCCGUCAACCCGUGGUUAGCAGCGCGAUCCGAUCUCGCUGGGGGUCAGGGCCCGCCAAGCGCCAUGUUUCUCCAGGAGGGCCUCGUAUCCGGGCAGCUAAAUCACUCUAGCGAGUCAGGCGUCUUCCUUGGCCUCUUUUUCUCUUUUAUGAACCUCUCCGCUGAUAGCCGUGAAAGGCAUGCCAAGUCCUGCGCCAAGAGGAACCGUCGUUCGAAGUGGCUACCCCUUCACCCCAGCCGGUCCCUUGUCUUAGACCCUGAGUGUUGGCCCGAUCAAUCUCCGCAAAAGGUCCGGCAUGGCCGGUUGAAGUUGGAGAAAAGAGAUAAAACCCACAAUGUCCCUCUCAGGAUGAGAUUUGGACUCUUAUCUUUAUCACGGUAACAUUAUGGCGUUCUCGGUGGGAGCUUGGCUCGCAAUCGCCGCGACUUUGAUUCCGGCAGCGGUGACGAAGCAAGUUGGAUAUUUUGAAUCUUCUAAUUGCGCCGCUCCCUCGGCUCUCGAAUCAUGCUACAGUGAGGCGGACGACUAUUACGCUCGGUGCGUGAACGAGAAUUGUGCUGGGGGCUCGGAGGAGUGCUACAAUUCCUGUGGAGGGAAUGCUUCUUGCAUGCAGAGCAAAUGUCCGAACCUAGGCAUCGAUUGUAUUAAUGUGUGCGGGUGUGUGAAGACGAGCCGGGAAGUUGAUUGCGCUGCUUCGGCUUGCUGGAAUCAGGUCUACUCGUGCGAGUACCAAGAAACAGUCCAAACCUUGUUCGACCUCUGCCCCUCCGUGAACAAGACCCAACUGCCAUUUUGGCCGCCUCCCGAUAACGCCCCCGGUGGAUGUUCAUGCAACUUAGGCAAGCUCUAUGAUCGAGAGUUGUCGAUCGUGGACCAAGCGACGGAAUGCGCGAAUAAUAUGACGAAUCUCGACCAACUGAGCAGCGCUCGUGACAUUGCUGACUACGGACGGGCAUGUCUUUGCUGUUCGAAAAGUGCUCUCCUCUCCUCGAUCUGGGACGUAUGUCCUAAUACCCAGCCGGCGCUUUUGGGUGCGGAUGAAUUGUACAGUGCUGUCAUCGCUCGUGAUUGGGAUAUGUGCGGGACCUUUCUGGAGAAUUAUGACUGUGCGGGCACGCUGGGCUUCGGUGCUCCAUCAGCUGGUAAUGUCACCCAGUUCUACAAGCCGGGCCAUCUGCCUGCGAACGGAACCGAAACGCUAUCAAACACCGGCGGUGUCAUCUCUACCCCCAUCAGUAGCACUUUUACCUGGACACUGCUCUCGGUCGAGCACCCUGUCACGGCAAUGGCAGCUACAGUCACUGGGGGUAGUGGAAAAGCGAGCAGCACGACAACGGGGGGUAGUGGAAAAGGGAGCAGCACGACAACGGGGGCAGCUGCGACAACUACGAAGUCCGGAUCAGCAGGAUGGCGCAGCAAGGCGCCCAUUGUGGCUGCUUCUGGGGUUGUUGCAUUUAUCACGGCGGUACUGGUUAUCUCUUGAUCUGAGCAGUACGAAGUCAAAAGGUUUCGGAAUAAAUGAGGCGUAAUCAUGCUGUUAGUCGUUUGUACAUACUUAAUGAAUAUGGCCAAC